UAUCCAAACACAGGUAAACAUUCUGAAAACCCUAGUCGUCCCCCCUUUAUAAACAAAAUUUCGUUCUUUCACCCGGAGUUGUUGUGAAGCGCUCAUCUUCUGGCUUCUGCAUUUGAAAAUUAAAGCAACCAAGUAUCAACAUGGUGGCCGCCAAGAAGACCAAGAAGACUCAUGAGAGCAUCAACAACAGGUUGGCGCUCGUCAUGAAGAGUGGCAAAUACACUUUGGGCUACAAGACUGUCCUUAAAUCCCUUAGGAACUCCAAGGGGAAGCUGAUCAUUAUUGCAAACAAUUGCCCACCCCUAAGGAAGUCUGAAAUUGAGUAUUACGCUAUGUUGGCCAAGGUUGGAGUUCACCACUACAAUGGGAACAAUGUAGACUUGGGGACUGCAUGUGGAAAAUAUUACAGAGUUUGCUGCCUCAGCAUUAUCGAUGCAGGAGACUCGGAUAUUAUCAAGAGCAUGCCUGGUGAUCACUGAUGAGAAUAGCAAAAUCAUCCUAGGAGUCUGUCAUUUUUGGCAAAUUUAUUUUAGGUUCAAACCUUUGAUUUUGUUAAUUAAAGCCAUAUAUUUUGCAACUUAAAAGCUGCAUUGUAGCAUUUUUUCAGAUGGAGACAUAAUUGUUUGUUAUCUACUAAAUGUUUAAUUUUGAGUUUCAUUAGUUUUUAUUAAUCUGUAGCUGCAAGAGUUGCUGUGCGUGGAUGGUGAAACUGAAGUUUAUUUUGAUCAUUUAAACGUCACUUGAAUGA